AGAUUCUCCAUCAGUUAUAGAGCUGGACAGAACUAAGAAUUUUUAUUCUGACUGUUUUAAGAAAAUACAGCCUACAUAAUUAUUGGGAAACAUGGAAAGCAGUUAAUACCGUUGGACUAAAACGAUACGUAUCUUGGCUAUCGAUCCUGCACUUUUCAGAGUCUAUCAUUGCGUAGAACAUUUUCUCAUUGCCUUCUACUGGUCCGUUUCUCUGGCUCUUUAAUGGUUAUAAUUAUUGUUGUUGUGUGCCGUAACUGCCAAUCAGCUGUCAAGUAUCAAAAUAUUUGCAAACUUUACAACAUUUUUUGCUUAUUGUCGUAUAAUAAUAAAUCAUCUGCUUUUGAAAGAUUGAUGAUUUUGUAUUUAUGUUGUAGUCAGUUGUAGUGUAUUAUAAGUAAAACAAAUUGGAAAUGGUCAUGAACAAUAACAUUGAUAAACUAGCUGAGGAUUUAGAAAAACAAGAAUUAGAGGCUCCAAAUGGCGUUGCAACACCACAGUUGUAUGAGCAAUUACUUGCUAUUUAUUUAUACCAAAAUGACCUAUGUAACGCCAAAUAUUUGUGGAAACGAAUCCCUGAAAGUGUUAAAACUUCAGCCCCAGAACUGAAAAAUAUUUGGGCUGUGGGACAGUGUAUGUGGAGGAGAGAUUUUCCUGGAAUAUAUAAGGCACUGAACAAAGUUACUUGGUCAGAUACUGUUGCAGAUAUAAUGAAAGAAGUGCAAGAAUCAAUCAGAAAUCGAGCAGUUGAUCUAAUAUCCCAGGCCUACUCAUCAAUCACAAUAGACACAGUUUGUGCUAUGACAGGCCUGACCCCAGAUAUUUGUAUACCUGCCUGUGCUGAAAAAGGAUGGUCUUUUGAAGCAGAUACCAACAUGAUACAUCCUGUUAGGCAAGUUGUAGAGCCUGCUGGUCAGACUAGCAGUGAAGAUCAGCUGUACAAAUUGACCGAUUUUGUAUCUUUUCUUGAAAAUUAGUUUUUAUUUUUGUAAGAUGUUGUUUGUAAGUUUAUUCAAUGAAUAAAAAAAUAUGUUGAGCAAUA